CAAUGCUGUGGGAAAGAAGGAGCCAUGUCAGAAGACGCAGCUAGUGAAACACCGUUUUCCUUGAAGACAGUAGCUUUAAGAGUAUUUGAUUUUCCUCUUUCCUGGUAUUACUCUCUAAUCAAGGUUAAGAUCUCGCCAGGUCUGAAGAAGUUGUUUGUAGUGACAGCGGUGGGUGCAAUAUCUGUGCUUUUUCUUGCCCAUCAAUUCAAAAGAAAGCGUGGAAAGAAAUCCAGGAAACUCUCUCCAUGGGAACCAAGCCAUCUGGUGUUAGAUCACAUGAAAACCUCUGCAUCAGAGAAAGAUUCCAGUUGUUCCAGCAGCAGACAAAACCUAUCACUUUCACUAAGUUCAGCCAAAGAAAAAGGUUUUCAGUCUUACAUCAAUGCAAAUGGAGGUCUCUGCAGUAAAUAUUCGGGUUCAGCGCAGAGUUUGGCCUCAGUUCAAAGUGCCACAUCAUGUCCUAGCUGUGUUUGUGCCAAUUCCAAUUCUUGGGACAAAGGAGAUGAAGACGAUAUGAAGCUAAUCAAUAUCCCAGUAACUACUCCAGAAAACCUAUACUUGAUGGGGAUGGAGCUGUUUGAAGAAGCCUUGAGGCGAUGGGAGCAGGCCCUGACCUUUCGCAACAGGCAGGUUGAAGACGAAGCCAACUGUAGUGUCAUCAGACUUGGGGCUGGUGAUGCUAUUGCAGAAGAAAACGUUGAGGAUGUCAUUAGUGCUGAAUUCAUUCAUAAGCUUGAAUCUUUGCUCCAAAGAGCUUAUCGACUUCAGGAAGAAUUUGAAGCUUCUCUUGGGGCAUCUGAUCCAGCUGCCUUUCCAAAUGAUAUUGAUAAAGAUACAGAUAUCACUGUAAAGGAUAAUACAGAUGAUACCAGUCUGCGGGAUACGUUAAGCAUUGGAUCAACUGAUUCAUUUGUUUCAGCUGCUGAGCUUGCAGAACACAAAGAGAGCCGAAACCCUUACCAUUUGGAUUCGCUUUGCCAUUACCCAUUAUACGAAGAAGCUCUGUAUUUGGCAGAAGAGGGCAAAAUUUAUUCACGAGUCUUACGGACUGAAACGUUGGAGUGCUUGGGGGAUACUGAUUUUCUGGCCAAACUCCACUGUAUCCGACAAGCCUUUCAGGUGAUCCUUUCAGAUGCUGCAAAUCGAACAUUUCUUGCAGAAAGUGGCAGGAAAAUUUUGUGUGCGUUAAUUGAGAGAUCAAAAAAGAACCCCAAAAAAUUCGAGGAAGUAUUUGAUGAAAUGAUCUUCUUUUUAGAACAGAUAGAUCAUUGGGCUAAUACUGAAAUGGAGCUUGCUGCUUGUGGAGUGAAGCAUCUGAACUUCUAUGAUGUUGUUCUGGACUUUAUAUUAAUGGAUUCCUUUGAAGAUUUAGAAAAUCCACCUAUGUCUAUACAGAAUGUGGUUAACAACCAUUGGCUGAAUUCCUCAUUUAAAGAAACGGCUGUGGCUUCCAGUUGCUGGUCAGUCCUAAAACAGAAAAAGCAAAAAAUGAAAGUUCCUGAUGGUUUCUUUGCACACUUCUAUAGUAUUUGUGAGCACAUUAGUCCUGUUCUGGCAUGGGGCUUUUUGGGCCCUAAAAAUUCUCUAUAUGAGUUAUGCAGCUUCUUCAAGGAUCAGGUUCUUUAUUUCCUGAAGGACAUUUUCGACUUUGAAAAAGUACGAUAUUCAACUCUAGAUCAUUUAGUGGAAGACCUUGUGCAGUUGCUGAUUCGUCACACUGAACUUCUCCUGGCUUAUCUUGGAACUGACUCCCUAAGGCAUGUCAGUGGCUAUGUUGGUGGAUGUGAACAUCCCAUGUCCAGUGGCCUUUUGGAAGCAAAAGUGCUAUAGGCCCCUUUUUUUGCUCUUAACACAAGCACAAUCUUUUGCCUUUUUCUCCCUCAAGGAAAGCUGCCGUUGCUUCUAGUCCUUUUUGAGGAAGUACAUGAAAAUCCACAAUGUUGUUAAAUAUGGUCUCAGGGUGGUUUAAAAAUAUGGAAAUCAAUGCUUAAAAUAUUACUGUAAAUAUCUACAAAGGGCCAGCUCAGUUGUCAUUGGAUUUAUAUGUAAUAUAUGCCAACUUUUUAAAAGUAAUUAUUAUGUUAAAUUUGUUGGUAGAUCUUGCCACAGAUAA